AAUUCAACCAACGUACACUCUCAGUCUCCCCCACCCACCUGGCCGGUGAACGACACAUGUACGCUCCGCCAAUGGCUCAACACCGGCAGCGCAGCUUCCAGUCGUUUGCAAGGACGUGGCUGCCUCUCGCCGUUAUGAUCUUGAUGUGCUUCGCCGCUUCCACGACGGCGCAGCAGCAACCACCGCCACUGCCGCAGCCGACGACAACAGGCACUGUACCGCUACCGAGCGUGCCAGCGUGCCUGCCAGCGCAGGCCACGCUGUCGCCGUGCGUGAGCUACCUCAUCGGCAACUCGUCGUCGCCGCCCACGGAGUGCUGCGCCCAGAUACGGGCCAUGUUCCAGUCGCAGGCGCCGUGCUUGUGCGCCGCUUUGGCGUCGGCGGGGCCCGCCCAGCAGCUCGGGUCCGCGCUCGGCCAGCUGCUGCCCACCUCGUGCGACCUGCCCGCCGACGCGUGCUCAGCAGGAACGACGAGCGCUGCCCCGGCUGGUCCCGCGUCAGGCACGACCUCUGCCGCAGAACCGCCUGCGGCGGCCACUGAGCCGAACGCUGUGAGCGACGACCCGACGGCGCCAGCCGGUGGCGCAGGGAUCAAGUCGGUUCCAGGCUUGCUUGCCUCGGCUACAGCAGCAGGCUCCAGUGGCAUACCUGCUGCCGCUCUCUUUGUGUCCUUUUGUUGGUCGUUUAUUUAUCUCCUUUCAACUCUGAUAUGAUUAUAUGCUUCUGGGAUUUGUUCAUUGUUGCGAGUCAUGCAUGUCGAUGGUGCAUAUACGUUCAGAUGAGUUGGUUGGUACGUAUUAGUGUGUUGUUCAUGUUCCAGUAAUGCUCUCUGUACUUAUUGGGAGACCACGUCAGACGUGUGCGUGGACAUGAAUUUUAUUGUGCCCAUUUCACACAUUGUGAGUUUCGGUAAAAUGAUUGGCGCAAUAUCAAGUGUUGU